GUACGCGCUGGAUGUGAAUAUUGAGAGAGCCGCGGAUGUUCUUAUGCACAAGAGAUUGCUGCAUUUGGCUCACGAUCCUGUUAAUAGGCCUGCAAUUGAAGUUCGCUUAGUACAGGUUCCGCCUGUAACUGAUGCAAACUCAGCUUAUACUGUCCAGUCGGAUGCAAUUGAAAAUGAAUCAGAUCAAAGCUCCCCAAAGUACUCUAGCAGACAGAGUAUACAUCCACCUCCUGCUUUUGGUUCUUCUCCUAAUCUUGAAGCACUGGCUCUUGAAGAAAUGGAUGAGGAACAUUCUGUACAUGCCAGUGCACAAUAUUCACGGCCCAUGCAUGAAAUCACCUUCUCAACUGAUGACAAACCAAAGCUUCUCAGUCAGUUAACUGCUUUGCUUGCUGAGAUUGGACUGAACAUCCAAGAGGCCCAUGCCUUUUCCACAACUGAUGGCUACUCGUUAGAUGUGUUUGUUGUUGAUGGAUGGCCCUAUGAUGAAACAGAGAAGCUUAAAACAGCGUUGGAAAAAGAGGUCAUAAAGAUUGAGAGGAGGUCAACGUCGAGUAGGCAAUCAGUAUCUUCUGUUGGCGAAGAUGAAGAAGCAAGGAUGAAAAGUGAAUCUGAUCAGUUGAAUAUACCUAACGAUGGGACAGAUGUUUGGGAGAUAGAUCCCAAGCAUUUGAAAAUUGGAACUCAAAUUGCGUCUGGGUCAUAUGGUGAACUAUUUAAAGGUAUAUAUUGUAGCCAGGAAGUAGCCAUUAAAAUUCUCAAGCCUGAGCAUGUAAAUUCAGAUUUGCAGAGAGAGUUUGUGCAGGAAGUGUACAUCAUGAGAAAGGUUCGACACAAAAAUGUUGUACAAUUUAUAGGAGCUUGUACCAAGCCCCCACGCUUAUGCAUAGUUACAGAAUUUAUGUCCGGUGGUAGUGUGUAUGACUACUUACAUAAGCGGAAGGGUAGUUUUAAAUUUCCUACCUUGCUCAAAGUUGCAAUUGAUGUUGCUAAAGGAAUGAACUACUUGCACCAGCAUGAGAUAAUCCAUAGAGAUUUGAAAGCUGCCAAUCUUUUGAUGGAUGAAAAUGGUGUACGGUGUUUCCUUCAACCUGCUUUUUGGUUGGCAUACAGAAGUGUAAGUCACAUAGAUAUUGCAUUGCAGAUUGUAAAAGUUGCUGAUUUUGGGGUUGCUAGAGUUAAAGCUCAGUCAGGAGUUAUGACAGCAGAAACUGGAACGUAUCGGUGGAUGGCUCCAGAAGUUAUAGAACACAAGCCGUACGAUCACAAGGCUGAUGUAUUUAGUUUUGGAAUUGUUUUAUGGGAGUUGCUUACUGGAAAGCUUCCCUACGAAUAUUUGACGCCUCUACAAGCAGCAAUAGGAGUGGUUCAAAAGGGUUUACGACCAACCAUCCCCAAGAACACACAUCCAAAUUUUGUUGAGCUUCUUGAGAGGUCUUGGCAGCAAGAUCCUACAUUGAGACCCGAUUUUGCAGAAAUCAUUGAGAUCUUGCAGCAGUUAGCUAAGGAGGUUGGGGAUGAAGGAGAGGAGCGGCGCAAGGAUAAAACGGGAGGAUUUCUGUCUGUUCUUAGAAGAGGUCAUCACUGACAAUUAACAAACAUCAUCAAUUUUAUUAUUGUUUAUCGAUGAUGUCCAUAACAUGCUCAUCAUAUAGCUUAGCAUUAUAAGCACAAAUUAAAGCUAGCUGGGGGUUAAUAUUUCCCAUUUAUUUUUUAAAAUUUUACAUUGAUGACAUGUACAGUUUUUCUUCAUAUUUUCUGAUCGCUUCAUGAUAGAUUAAGCAUAUCGGAAACGUUUAGUCAGUAGUUACGUUAUCCAUCAAGUCUUUUCUUU